AAACCCUCCUUGGCACAGUUCCAGGUUGCCAUUUUUAACACGCUUUUGCUCUCGUCGCUUGUGUAUCUCACAGCCAACCUCGCUUGGUUGUAUUUGGACAAGCAGGAGGUGGAGCAGGAGCUCAUCCAGGACAUGGCUCGAUUGGAGCAGGAGUUUAAGACUGUUUUAGAUGAAAAAAAAGCUGAACACAAGGACGAA